AUGCUGGACUUUGCAAUAUUCGCGGUCACUUUCUUGACGGUGCUUCUGGUUGCAAUAAUAUGGCUGUACCCGAGUUCCAAAAGGGUAACAACAAUUCCUGGCCUAGACCCUUCAACCAAAGAAGAUGGGAACCUCAGUGACAUCGCCCGUGCUGGCAGCCUGCACGAGUUUCUCCAAGAGACCCACACCACAUAUGGCCCCAUCACAGGCUUCUGGUGGGGUCAAACCUACGUUGUCAGCAUUGCAUCCCCACAGCUGUUCAAGCAGCACUCGGCAGUGUUUGACAGACCAGUGGAAUUGUUCAAGAUCUUUGAACCUUUAAUUGGACCACAGUCCAUACAGUACACUAAUGGCACAGAUGGACGUACAAGAAGACAGCACUAUGAUCGUGCCUUCGCUCACGAGAAGUUCCCCAUGUAUUAUGAAAAGUUUCAAAAGGUGGCCCACUCCAUAGAGAAGACAUGGCUGGAGAAGACCAGUGAGGAUCACAUCCCCUUGUCGGAACACAUGUUCACAUACGCCAUCAAGGCGGCGCUACUGACACUUCUAGGAGAGAGCUUCUCCGAUGACAAGCUAGUGUUGAGUUUUAGAAAUGCUUAUGAUAAGGCCUGGAGUGAGAUGGAGCACCGCCUGACAGACCCUGUGAUCCCAGACGAGAAAAGUCUCAGAAUGACCCAGUUCAACGAAGCUGUCAAGUAUCUGCGAACCACCAUUAAGAAGGUGAUCAAACAUCGUCAGGAUAAGAAUCUAAAAAAGCCAGCAAAUAUUCUCAUAGACGACAUCCUGGAAUUUGGUCCCAAUGAGGAGGCUGUCGAAUGUGACACCCUCACCUACAUGAUAGGGGCUUUCCACACAACUGCAAAUUUGCUGACCUGGUGCUUCUACUUCUUGGCCACUCACAAAGAUAUCCAGGAUCAGGUGUACCAGGAGCUUGUCCAGGUGUUGGGAGAUGCAGACACUGUCAGUCAGGCAACUCUCAGCCAGCUCAGCUACCUGAACCAGGUGCUGGAGGAAACACUUCGUUGUGCUGUGGUAGCUCCAUGGGCUGCCAGGUUCCAGGACUUUGAUUCAGAGCUCGGAGGACAUAAAAUUCCCAAAGGUACCCCAGUGAUUCAUGCCAUUGGUGUGGUGCUCCAAGAUGAGACAAUCUGGCCACUGCCAAACAAGUUUGAUCCUGACAGGUUCAGCCCUGAAAACAGCAAACAGAGAGGAACUUACGACUUUGUACCUUUCGGAUUUGCAGGCAAGCGGAAAUGUCCUGGUCACAAGUUUGCCUACAGUGAGGCAGCUGUGCUGGUGACAUCGUUGAUCAGAAGGUUUGAGCUCAGUCUGUGUGAUGACCAGGUGGUACAGCCUGUCUACGGUCUGGUCACUCACCCCCUGGAUGAAGUCUGGGUCAAGGUCACCAGGCGGUCCUAG